AGUGCUCAGAGCGAACAGUGAUAUGGUCAGGAGACCGACGGAUGGGGCAUUCUGCUGAGAACUGAACCAGCGACCCCCCGGCUACUAAGGAGAACAGACAGCCAUCAUGGAACCCAGACCUCAGAAGAGUCCAGGCAAACCAUUGGCAUUUUAUUAUGAAAAUGAAGUCUGCAAACAAGAUUAUUUUAUUAAAUCCCCACCUCCUCAGCUUUUCUUCUCUGCUUCUUCUUGGAAAAGGCGGUUUUUCAUUCUUUCCAAGAGUGGGGAAAGGAGCCUUCGUCUUUCCUAUUACAAAGACCAACAUCGCCGAGGGUCCAUUGAAAUCGACCGGAAUUCCAGUGUAGAAGUUGGCAUACAUGGCCAGGAAAAAAUGCAAUCUGUACAGAAGAUGUUUAAAUGUCUCCCUGAUGAGGUGAUGUCCAUACGAACUACUAACAGGGAAUACUUCCUCAUUGGCCAGGACAGGGAGAAGAUUAAAGACUGGGUCUCCUUCGUGUCAUCAUUCUGCCUCGGGGGAGAGACAGCACGCCACAGCCCACAGGAGAAAUUCUCACUGGGCGGUAAAAGGCCCUCUUCAGACCCCAGCCCUCUCCUUGGUCCUUCCAGCACAUCAGAAGCGGUCGGCCCCACCACACCAAGAAACAGUCUUCCAGACAUGCAUUUAAUGGAAAAAAAUUCUCCAGGACUCAGACAAGCCCAUUUACUACAUGAUUUCUUGUCAGAGACUACAGAAGAUACAGAAGAAGAGAGUUAUUAUGUUAGUCCUAAAAGCAUUCUUUUAGAGUUGAAUACUUUCGUCGCUUCCGAUGACUCUGGUGAAUCUGCCGAGGCUGACAGUCUAGACCAGUUCUCCGAGACAACUGAGAAUCACUACAUGUCAAUGAAAUCCUAUGUUUUCAGAGAGAUGUCCCACGAGACUGCUGAUAGCAACAAGGAAUCCCAGGCCCUUCCAGAGAUCCAGAACGGGGGACUUCACUUACAAGAACAAGACUCACAAAGUGACUCUUGUCUUCCACCUGCCAAUAUGGAAGCACAGACCGUGAAUGACAAAAAGGGGUUGGCCUCGCUUACUGUUGUGCAAUUAUCUAUUCUAAUCAAUAACAUCCCUGAUGAAGGCCAAGUGGAGCAACUAAAUGUGUUCCUUUCUCCUUCCGACAUCAUCAAUUAUCUCACUCUCACAGAAGCCGCAGGUCAGAUAUGUGUGGCUCAGUGGCAAGGCCCCGCACGCCUGGGAUGCUUAUUUUUUCACGGAGAUCAUCUUUUGGCCGUGAACGACCUGAAGCCCCAUGGCCUGGACGAGGCCUCCUUGUUUCUCAGCCGGUCUGUCCAGAAGGAGAAAAUAAAACUCACCAUCGGCCGGAUCCCAAAUUCAGAGAAAUUUCAUGCUGUCUCCUGCAUGUGCUCCUUAAAAAAUGAGCGUGUUGUACCUUGUCAACUGGGUAAGUCUGGACCUGGGAAGACACUGAAGAGGAGUCCGGCCAUUAGAAAGGGUCAGUGCAAAGGAAGUGGAGAGUAACAAGCCAAGACCCGCAGAGGAGCAAAGAGGGUCCCUGGACUCUGCAGGGGCUCUGCCCCCUCACCGCUGUGUGAGACGAGGUGAGUUAACACAGCUCUCUGAUUUUCGGCAUCUACAUCUUAACGGCGGGGAUAACUCCCCUCUCUGGCUAUUUGCAUCCGGGAUGUUGAGAGGGCCAAGGGUGGUAAUGACUGUGGAACACAGAGGAAAUGGAAGGCCUCAAUAUCUCAGACUUUGUCCCACACACCACUGAGAUUGGGUAAGUCCCUCAUGUAAGAUGAACACGGUGUGUUCUGUGAGGCGGUACCCCACGUAAUCCCUUCUCUGUUGGGAACAUACGGUGGGAAAUGCUCAUUCCAGGAACGCAAGGUUCCAGAGAGAUGUGAUAUCAUAUCAGUUCUCCCAAACACCUCCUGCUCCUUGUCAUGCCCUUGGUCCAAAAUGCCUGGCAGAGUCGCCUCUUGGACUCAAUAAUUAUCUUGUUUUCUUAAAGACCCAGUAACUAUUCUAGAAGUCAAAGCAGUUUCAGGUCAUAUACAGUAAAGAUCUGUUUUCUCUACAAGGAAUUAAGGCAAUGACUUAACACUUCUGAACUUGAAAGGUUUUAACUAAUUGAUACAGUAAUUGAUCCUACAGGCCAAAAACAUCAAGUCUUUUUUCAUAAACAGGAAAACGGAGGCAGAGAGUGAAAGGACUAAUCAAAUCUGGGAACGUUAGAGCAUAAGGAGGCUUCAGGAAAUAUGUCUUACCACGUUGUCAUUUUGUGCCGGAAGACAUCAAGGCCCCAAACGUUUAAUACAAACAAAACAGAAACAGGCU